AUGGCCGAAGCUGUAGCAAGCACUUCAGCCCCCGGUGCAGCUAGCGGAACGCACCGGAUUGCACCCCUUCGGGGAACUGAGAAUUAUAAUAUGUGGCGCAUACAGAUGGAAGACAUAUUAUCAGAUCUUGAUCUAUAUGGCUACGUAAACAAGACGAUUAUUGCACCUAGCAAGACUGUACUGAAAACCGAAAGAAACCGGAAAGAUGACGAGGGCAAACCAUUGCCCGACUAUGAAUAUACAGCAACUAACGACGAGUACACGAAAUGGGUUAAAGCCGACCGAAAAGCAUUAUCUAAUAUAAGAUUAAGAGUCGACGGAAGUGUACUAAACCUAAUACAAGGAUGCACAACGUCCGCCGACGCUUGGAACGCCCUCGCGACGACUUACCAAGUCAAGGGAACGGUCGGACUCAUUGACCUACAAAGAAAGUUUUUCAGUCACCGAAUGACUGAUGGCGAAGACAUUGAGGAACACAUCCAACGCAUGCGCGGAUGGUUCCAGCGAAUAAACAAUAUUAGUCCCGGCUCAUGCACUGAAGCCGACUGGAUCACAACAUUGAUUGCGAGCUUACCUGACUCAUGGGAUUCAUUCUCCCAAUCAGUAAGUUUCCAAUUCGAUUUACAAGAUAACAGCGCGUUAUCAAACCAAGUAAAUGACAUUAGAUCGCGCACAACAGCCGAAGCACAUAGAAAGAAUGCCCGAAACCCAGAAGGGAAAGCAUUCUUUAGUACAAACAAAGCAAGCUUCAAUAAACCUAUACGUACCGGCAGUAAGGGACCAGAUAAGUCCAAGUCUAAAUGCAACAACUGCGGUAAGAUAGGACACUGGGCAGCCAAAUGUAGGGGCCCAGGUGGAGGUGCAUACAAACCCGGUCAGAACAAUGGCAAAGGAACAAAUAGAAAGUUCAACGCACCAAACAAAGCCCGAAACGGCAAUGCAAGGACGCAUAUAGCCGUUGAGGACAAUAACAGCCGUGCCGACUACGCGUUCUCAACCCUUGAGAAUUCGAAUAUAUAUGGAAGUAAGCCAACAAACACCUGGAUCGCCGAUAGUGGAACGACGACUCACAUAGCAAACAAUAGAAGCCUAUUCAGUGAGUAUAAUCGAUCGACAGGAUAUGUUACAGGCGUGACUGGUAAGGAGCCCAUAUUGGGCCGAGGUACAGUGGAGCUAUUAUGCUUAGCCGACCCAGACAAAGAUGAAUAUAGAAGUAUCAAACUUACUAAUGUAGCAUAUGUGCCGAGCUCCCCGGCAAACCUUAUCAGCUUAUCGCUAGUAACCGAUAAAGGCUAUCGGAUAUCAAUGGAUUGGGACCAAUUAGUCAUAUACAGUGCAAACAAUGAUCCGAUCACUUACGGAUCAAAACUGAGUGAUCGCAAACACGGAAAUUUAUGGAAAAUCAGUGGAACAGCAGUUAGUAAGGAAACAGCAAGAAUGAAGAAAACAACCAAUGAGUUGGCGCUGAUGAAACAAACCGGUCGAACUUGGUUCGAAUGGCACAAAACGCUAGGACAUAUUAGUCCGCAAGCUCUCCAACGCCUGAAAAGCACCGAAGCGAUCAAAGGAAUGGAAAUAAACGAAGACAAAGAAGGACUCAACUUCGAAUGCGAAGUAUGCAUACAAGCAAAGGCACAUACACGACCAUAUCCAAAUGAAUCGGCAACAAAAAUAUCCGAUAUUGCCGAUACAGAUACUAUGCACAAAGACGAAACGCUGAAUGAAUAUAAGGCAUUUGAAGCAAUGUUAAAUACACAAAAAGAAAAGAAAAUAAAGAAAGUCCGUUUCGAUAACGGAGGCGAGUUUGUGAACAAAGAAUGGAUUGAGUAUGCGGCACAGAAAGGGACGAUAUUAGAAACAAAGGCCCCGCAUUCAUCUCAGCAAAACGGUAUAGCUGAGAGAUUAAACUGGACACUCACCAAUAAGGCGCGAGCAAUGAUGCUCGAGUCAAACGCGCCAAAAUUCCUAUGGAACGAGGCGAUCGCAUACGCCUGUUACCUUAAGAAUUGA